UAUAUUUAUAUUUAAAAUAAGUAAUUACAUACAGUAUAUAAGUAGCAAUAUUGUUGUUUGUGAAAUACAUGGUGUAAAAUUUCUAUUUUGUUUUAUUUGAAAUAGUGAAAAUUUCUUAAAAUACACAACUACAUUUACUGUUGAUUAACAAACAUACAAGUGCCUAAUACUUUGCACAAGUUUGAAGUUGGAACAGGAACAGGACAACAUAAAAAUUUUGACACGUCUUUAUUACAGUUCGAAUAACGUAUCUGUUAUAAUUUUUUGUAGAUCUAGAUAUAGCUUAAUUUAAAAAAUAUUAGUAACUUGUCAUGCUAUCACGUUAAACUAUAUUACUUUAUUAAAGUAAUCUUUUUAAGAAAUUUUAAUUAAGAUGGCCAGUCCGAGGACUAGACGGGUUUUACAAGAACUGAAACCACACGAUGAAAAUAAUAAAUGUUUCGAAUGUGGUACACAUAAUCCACAAUGGGUGUCUGUAACAUAUGGAAUAUGGAUUUGUUUAGAGUGUUCAGGUAAACACCGUGGCUUAGGAGUUCAUUUAUCAUUUGUUCGAUCUGUUACUAUGGACAAGUGGAAAGACAUAGAAUUGGAUAAGAUGAAAGUUGGAGGAAACAGAAAUGCAAGAAUAUUUUUCGAAGCUCAGCCCGACUGGGAUGACACUAUGACUAUUCAACAAAAGUAUAAUACUAAAGCAGCCGCUUUGUAUAGGGAUAGGAUUUCUGCAUUAGCGCAGGGAAAACCGUGGGAUGAAAAAAAGUCUGCUCAAAAUUUCAAAAGCAGCUUAAUUAGCCAACCAUCUCAGAGUUCAAAUACUUAUUCCAACUCUUCCACUACUUCAUAUCAGUCAUCUUAUAAUAAUGCCGAAAGCUACCAGGGCAGCUACCAAAACUAUAACUCACCAGAAUUUAAGGACCAAAAAGAAGCCUUCUUUGCCAAGAAACAGUUUGAGAAUGCCGGUAGAAGAGAUGACCUACCACCAAGCCAAGGAGGAAGGUAUAGCGGUUUCGGUUAUACAAAAGAAGCACCACCUAGAAGCCAGUCCCAAGAGUUUGUAGACACUGCUAUUUCCUCUUUGUCAACCGGUUGGUCUUUUCUGGCAUCUUCAGCUACUAAAAUAGCAAGCAAAGCAACUGAAAAUGCUGUAAAAUAUGGAGGGAUUGCAAGCCAGAAGGUAGUUGAUUUUAGCUCACAAGUAGGGGAAAAGGUUAAAGAGGGUACAUUAUUAGAAGAAGUAGGUUCUCAGGUAUCGACUUUGGCAAAUAAGAUGGGAGAAUUGGGCCGAAAAGGAUGGAAGGAGAUGGGAGGUACGACAAACUCAAAUGAUUUAGGAGGCUACGGUCAAGUGAGCGGUGAUAACUACCAUUCUCCAGGGGAAAAAUCAUCCUUAGUAAGUAGUAGAAAUGGAUAUACGCGAGAAGAUGAAUGGAGCUGCAGUAGUCAGCAAGGAUCAAAAGCGUCGAGUCCAAGGUCCCCAAAUCAAAAUUGGGAUGGUAGUUGGGGAUAUCAAAAUGAGAAUCACGGUAGUUAUCAGUCCAACAUUUCGUAUGAAAGUAAUACGACCUCGCCCGAAGAAAAGUCACAAAAAGCGAACAAGAAGGAGAAAAAACCGAAAGAUCAACAAAAUAAAAACUGGGACGAUAAAUGGGGUGACGAUGAAUUAUGGGAAAGUUUAAACAAAUAGGGGAGGCAAUUUAUUAGUGUCAAAAUGAAAAAAAAUAUGCGUUUGAUAUACAUAUAUUUUUUUUAGUGACUUAUUUUAUUUUAAAAUGAAUUCUAUUCAAUUUCCAAGUUACGAUUAUGAUUUUCAAGAUUUUGUAUAUUUUAAAUGAAAUCAUUCUUCAUUUGGUAAAGAAUUAGUUCAUUUAAAACUUAACAUGAUAUAAUUAUUUAAUGUUACAUUUUAUAUAUUUUUUGAGAUUAUAUACCUUCUUUUAAAUAGAGACACUUCUCCUUUUUUAAUAAGUGUUAGAAAAAUUUACAUGGUGUUGUGGUGAUUCUUUUACCUUUAGUAAAUAUAUGUAUAGGAGAUCUUGAGUUAAAAAAGAAACGUGAUACUGAACGACAUAUGAUUUUACAAUUAUACAAGGUUUGAUCAAAAAGUAACGGGAAUUGUUAAUUUUCUCAGGAAGUAUUUAUAUAAUCUUCAAAUUUUAUCCCAUCCCCUUCAAAGCGAUAUUAUACACUUACACCAACAUAGUUUCCAGUUUGAAGAACACCUCUUUAGGUAUCGUCUUGAGUACGGUUUGCGAUUUUACCAUUAUCUCAUCUAUCGUCCUUUGAGUAUCCUUUUGAGUUUGGGAAAUGGAAAAAUGUCGCAGGGAUCAUGUCCAGAGAAUAAGGUGGUUGCGGCAUCACAACGGUGUUGUGUUAAGAACUGGGAUAAACAAAACGGUGUGCAUCGGUGUGUUGUCGUGAUGCAAAAUCCGCGAGUUGUCUCUCGUGCGCAAAUUGCGCAGAACUUGUAGGUAAUACCACUGGACAGUAAAAAUUCAUUAUCAACUAUUCCAUUGUAUUAGAAAGAAAUGGUUAGAAGGAUCUUCGCAUUUAUCCAGGUCUCGCCUUAUCUUCGAAGUCUCCUUGGCCUUCCCGAAAACAUUUGUACCAUUGAUAAAUUCAUUGUCAAAGGCCGUCUUUAAUAUUUUGAAUAUGUUUUCUUGCACUUAAUUCCGUUUUUAACACAAAAUAUCAGACAAACUCUGAUCUGACAUUUUGCCACACAAAAAAUCACCAAAAACACUGAGGUAAGCUCAUUCGCUCGUUAAAUUAGCAUGGCAGUUGCCCCAAAGUUGACAGGUACGUCACUGAUAGUGCUACCAAUACACGAAAAAAGAAUCAGCUCGAUAGACAAGAUACAACACGCGCAAUUUGAAAAUUCCCGUUGCGUUUUAAUCAACCUUGUAUUGUUAUCUACUUAAAUUGAUUUCAGUAUUAAUAAAUGAAUAUUAGAGAUGGGCACUUUUCGUAAAAGUGUGUUACGGACAUGUCGAUGAAAUGUCCGGACAUGUCGGGAAAAGUACUUUUAACCUUGAAUCUAAUGAGGCACCUAUGAGUGACGUCAUGUUUCACAGGUCACUGGUUGAGGGUAUACAAAACAAAAUAUUACUUUUAUUCUAAUGAAUAUGUGUCGAUAUAUUUUACUUAUUACCUACCUUUAGACUUUUUUAUAAACUGGUUUCUAAUUUUCCCCGGACAGGCAAUACACUUAUUUAAAUGUUUUUCCAUCCUACUGGAAUUCUUAAAAAUUGUUUUUGAGCAGAAGGUACAUUUAUAAUUU